GGACUGCAGGUGAUCUGCUAGAGGUGAUCUGCAAUGGCAUUCAACAUGGAGCUGAUGAAGCAGCUUACACUUUGCGCGGCACUACUGGUUGCCACCGCAAUCGUAAGCAGCGAUGGACAGUUCGUGCCCGGACCUCGCUACAGCCUGGACAACAUGCCCAAAACGGGCUUCACCUGCCGCGACAAGAUACUCGGCGGCUACUACGCGGACUCGGAAACCCAGUGUCAAAUGUUCCACGUCUGCGUCAAGGUGGCCGGAGUCGGUAUUCAAGAUUUCCGUUUCCUAUGCCCGAAUGGUACGGCUUUCGAUCAGGAAGCCCAGAUCUGUGCCGAUUGGGGCGACGUCGACUGCGAGGCGGCCACCUUGUACUACGGGAGCGACAACUUUGACCUGUACCGCUUGGGAUCGGGCUUCGAGAGCAAGCGUGCCCCGUUUGCCGAGGAGGAGGAAGCCACGUUCCAUUUACAGCGUGCCGAAACGAGCGAUGCUCGUCGAAGCAAGCAGUACAUCGUUAACCAGAGCUCCAAACCGCAACAGCCUCCGAGUUUCAACCAGAUCCCCAGCGUACAGAAACCGGCACACCAGCAACAGCAACAGCAGCAACAGCAGCAACCGCAGCAGCAGCAGCAAUACUACCGGCAACCAGUAGUCACCACGAGCACUACCAGCACUACUACCACCACAACGCCGUUCACGCCGGCCGAGAAUGGGUUCUACAAAAACAUUCAACCCUCGGCGAAGCUGCACCAGAAGCACGUGGAGCACAAGCAUCACCAGCUGCUGUUGAACCAGCAGCAACUACUGCAAGCUCAGCACUUCCGCCAGCUAACGGCGGUGGCCGCAACCGCCACGCCAUCCGAUCGGCGGCACCCAGCGGCUGACGAGAUUCGCACGACCACACCAUCCUUUGGCGGAAACAGCAACAGCUACGCCCGGAAUAACGCUUUCGCCCAGGCGCAACCAACCCCAUCGACUCAGCCACAGCAACAGCAGCAGCAACAGCAGCAACCACAGCAACGCGGAGCCACCAAUGACUUCAACAACGACGAGAUCUUCCGUGGAUCCCACAGCUCGCACUUCUUCAACAACCGCAACCACGGCAAGGAGGAUUACGAGGAGGAGCACUAUCGUAAGAGCGCGGCUACGGGUGGCUCUCGAGGCACUGCCCACGGGAAUCGUACAACUUCGGGGCAACCAGGCGUCAACCGGGGACGCAAUCGGGGCCGCGGCAGUGUGCGGGCGCACAACGUGAACGCGCUGCGGAGUGAGCUGAAACCGACGAGUGCGGCCCUGGUCACCCCCGUGCCGCCUGCUGCACAGUCACAACAGCAGCAACGCACGCAGAACGUGCAGCCUCAGCAACAGCGACCCCAACAGGUGCAGCAGCUGCAAACGACAAAGCUGCAGACGACUACUCCGGAUGAUUUUGUGGACAUUCCCAAGAUUCCCAACUUCCGCCAGCAGCCGUCCACGGUGCUGAAGCCUCAGCAGCAGCAACCGGCCGGUCCGGUGUCGCCGUCGUUUGCCGGGCACGCCAUCGUCUCCACACCGGCCCCGUUCGCUCGGCAUCAGCCACAGACGCAAAGCAGAAACGGUAACCCGUUCUACAACAAUCCGCAGCAGCAAAGCUUCCCAACAACCAGUUCAACUACGCAACAGGUUCCGCGGUUCACUAGUUCGCCUGCUCCCGUGCGGGACGCGUUCAAGAUUACGCAGACGCAGCAGCAGCAGCAGCAACAGCAGCAGCAGCAGCAGCAGCAGUUUUCGUUCAACUCCCAACCUCAGCGUCACCAACAACAGAACGGUGCAUCCAGCACGGCGCGACCGUUCCAGGUUUUCGCCGGAGCACCUACAUCGACCGUCCGUCCGCGGAGUGCGAGCGAAACCCGAACGGCUACGGAGCGUUCGUUCGACGAGGCGAACGUCACUACGCCACAGGAAGCGCAGCGCAUCCGGCCACAGUCCCGGGCGUUCAACUUGGUCGAUCCGGCGCGCUUGAGUCAGUUCAACUACAACGAGUACCAGGGAAGCCGCACUAGCUCCACCACCACCACCACCACUACCCCGGUGCCGCCUCCGACGACCUUUGCACCGCUUGCCGCCCAACGUCAGCGACAGCCCCAGCAGCAGCAGCAGCAGCAGCAGGCUGCGUUUGUGAAUCCCUUCUUCAAUGGCGUAGCCCCCGUCAAGUCCGGGGCGCAACCAGCUACGACGACAGGAGCUCCGAUCACCACCUCGCCGGCCGUGGUGCAGCGGGCCGUCCCCAAGGAGCGGUACCAGUCGAUCGCUCGCGCCGCCCACGACGGUCAGACGCCGUCGACUGUGAAGAAAUUUUCGACCCUCGUCCCGAAGGACCAGUACAAUCCGACGACCUUCAAGCCGAACGCCAUCAGCAAGAAGGCGCUGCUGCAGUUCGUCAACCAGAAGAACGUGAUCGGGCUGGAGAAGUCACCGUUCACGGAGCGCGUCACCACGGAGAAGCCGGUAGGGACGACGAAGUACGCGGGUUACAUCCCGACAAUCCCACCCGUAACGAGCACGUCCACGUCCACUACGAGUACGACUACGCGGGCUCCAUUCACCACGGUCGCGGCCACGAUCGCACCACCGAACCGCUUCUUCCAGCCGCCGAACCCCAAAUCACCGGCCGUGGGAGUGAUUCCCACGCCGACGACGACGCUCAAGCCCGACAUCGAUGAAGACGACGGCCAGUACCAUCCGGAGCUGUACGAGAAGGACUUCUACCGGAACCGGGUGAAGGCGAAGACGGCGGCGGCCGCCGCCCUCGCUGCCGCCCGGAACACGAACGGUCUGGCGUCGCUGUCGUCGAGCGACGAGGAGGAGAUCUUCCGGACGGCCCACUCGCAGAACAUUGCGGCCAGCGGUAACGAUCUCAUCCUGGAGCGGGCCCGCCAAGCCGCGGCCCGCAUCAACGAAUUCUUCUCGUCGUCCUCGGUCCGCCCGACGGUCGGCAGCCGCCGGGAGCAGCCGUCGGGCACGGAACCGGUCACGCAACAGAAUCUAGCCGCCGCUGGCGGUGGGAAGCACCGGAAGGACGGCCUCGUCAGGUCGAAGACGGCGCACGGCGCGAAGGGCGCAGGGAGCCACGGCCCGACGCCACGGCCCUUCUCGAAGGCUCCGACGAUCCCACCGAAUGCCACCAUCACCAAGCGACCACCGGAGGACGAGAGCUACGAUUACGCCUACUAUGACACCGGCAGUCCGGACCUGCCCGAGUACGAUAUCAUCGAGGACUUUGGCCGGAAACGCACCUGAGCCACCCAGGACCCAGAUGGGCCGACCGGCAGGUGCUCGAUAGGGUAGGACAGAAGGAGGUCUGGGUCUGUAUGCGAGAUAGAGAGAGUGUGUGUGCCAGUACGCGACCGGAGGAAGAUGUAGGUACUUCUGUACCCAGGCGUCUCCAGAUGGGUUGUGUGUCGUGUGUGUGACACAACGUAGGAACAAUUGGAGUAAUCGUUUAUGUAGUUGCCCUAGUUAGGCGCGUAGCAAGAUCGACAGGAUCUUGCGCCAGGCCGCUGCUACUGCUAGUAACUUAGUUCGUGUGUGUGUGUGCGUGUGUAUGUGUGUUUGUGAGAAAAAGAGAGAGCGAACGAGUGUAUGCAUGGGAAUGGACGAUGAAGACACAAUUUCCCGGAACGGGACCCAGCACAAGGCAGGUACGCCGAAGAUACGAUAUGACGAUAGGAAGUACGGAGAUAUUAUACUGCCAUUAGCGUUUAAUCGUUGCCCCGCCGACCCGGAAGCUGCGUCGGGAACGGUACAGGGGACGAUCCCGACGACACAGUGCCGACAGUCCGUCCGGGUGACACUAUCCCCCGAGCACAGGGAGCCAGUAUUUGCUUAGUGCACUCUAUAUAUUGCGUUACCGGGUCAGGACUCCGUCAUGCAAGCGGUCGAAGCAUGCUACGCUUGAGCUCGUACGGAGCUCUUAAAAGUCCAUCUUCUAUCAUGACCAUUUGACCAGAACAGUUCCAUCCUCUACUUCAUUUUUCGAUGUACAUUACCGACUUCUACCACUUCGUUUUCGUCGAACGCUCCAGAGAAGCGACCGAAAUGGCACAAAAUCAUCCCAUCACGCCCUGCACAUCACGUCUUUGCUCACUGCCACGCUACUCUGCAUGCGACUGGAAGGCAUGUGCAUCAAUUAGCUAUAAACCACACAGUGUAUGCAAUCAGACCAGUUGUAUUUCGAUUCUCAAAAGAAACGGCUCAGACCGUUCGUCAAGUACGGGGUGUCUUCGGGAGGAAAAAGAAUGUUGUAAAUAAAUUGUUUUAUUAAUC